UUUUUUGCGUACUGCAGAGUUAGACAAAAUUUUUGAAUUUAGUAUUUGAUCUGUGUCGAACAGAAUGUAAUAAUGAUAAUGAAUCGUGGUUUGGGUAAAUUGACCCCAAAGGGCAGUGCCCUGUUGUUGUGUGACAUGCAGGAAAAGUUUCGCAACAUAAUUUCAUAUGGACCUGCGGUCAUCAAGGUCGUUCAAAGGAUGCUGACCUUUGCAGAUCAAUUGGAGAUUCCCGUCCUUGUCACUGAACAUUACCCCAAAGGAUUAGGUAACACCAUGAAAGAGCUUAAUGUCAGCAAGUACAAAAUAUUCACCAAGACUCAAUUCUCAAUGUUGGUUCCUGAUGUUGAGAAGCAUUUACAAUCAUUGUCAGUGAAAUCAGCAGUUAUCUGUGGAAUUGAGUCACAUGCAUGCGUGUUACAGACAGUUCUUGAUCUGAUUGAGAAACGGUAUGAGGUGCAUGUUGUUGUGGAUGCUGUUACAUCUCGAUCCAUGGUUGACAGGAUGUACUCUCUGAAGAGAAUGAGCGAAGCAGGAGCAUUCCUGACGACGAGCGAGAGCCUCUUCUUCCUGUGGUGUCGUGACGCCCUCCAUCCCAAAUUCAAGGUCUUGCAAAAGGUCAUCAUGACUCCUGCCCCUGAUAGCGGAUUGCUUUCUAGACUGCCUUAUUUUCCUCAGAAAGAAUGAUGUGUUGUUAUGGUUUCAUGUUUCGUAAUGGGAUGUGUUGUGAUGUUUUGGGAUGAUGGGAUGUGAUUAGUUUGAUUUUUUUUGAUGGAUUGGUAAUUUUGGUUGGUGGUUGCAAAGCGCUGAACUUUGUUCAUUUUUUGUUUAAUUAUGUAAUAGUGUAUUAUUCUGAUUAAUUUUUUCUAAUACGGUGUUUUUUAUCCUAAUCCAAUUUUACGUUUUUAGUUUUUAUGAACAUUAAAAAGUAUGUAUAGACUCUAUGUAUAUAAUGCGUCCAUUUACAAAUUCUUUCAUUUGAACUCUGCGAAAAUUUUAUCUCAUCUUGUUAUCAAAAACUUCAAAAAACUUUGGAAUUAAAUUGAAAAUAAACAUAUUUUUUU